UCUGACUUUGUAUGCAAGUGUGUUUUUGAGACGAAGGAACCGGGUGGUAAUUCUUUGCAAACCCAUAAAAGCCAGGAAUAUAUCAAUUAAUGGCAUAAUUAACUCUUAAUUAGCUGUUAUUUCACAACAUUCCUUCGACAAUGAGUGAAUGUGUGAUGUCUUCGUCAGGCCGACCUGGCAUGGGGCCCAUAACCCUGCCUGCGGUCGCCUGGUUUGAAUUCCUCUUAGACGAAUCUUUACUCGAAAAACAUUUGAAUGAACUCAACCCAGAUCCAACCCCAGGACAAAUGAUAGUCCUUUUCAUGCAACAGGCUGAAACUCACAGCAAUGCUGCUCUCCCUACUCACAAUAAAACCAAUUCGGAAUUGAGUAACAACCAUACAGGAUCUGCUGACAUCAAAUCAGAAGAUAUUCCAGAAAUAAAGAUGCCAGGGUUUAACAAAAAGGUCAAAGCCUUGAAGAUUCUUGCUCUGAAAGUUGCUGCAUUUCUUAAGUGGGAUUUGGAAGUUUUAAGUAAAAGCCUUCCAUUAACCAUGACCCAGACCUUGCUGCUUGAACUGGUGAGGACCUGUGUGGGGAGUGGAAGCAUCGAGAAAGUUAAUACAGUUCAGGAUUACGACAAUUUGAGUGACGAGGCUGCGUUUUCCAUGCAGCUGUUUCACAGAUGGAGUAUCGAAACAGUUGUUAUGGAUACUUUUCCCAACCGUCCACAAAAGACAAGUUUUGUAUCUGUACCUGGAGUACAAGAAACUAUGUUUACCUUGGCAGGUAUCAAUGAAUCUCUAAUUCGACUUUUGAAAGAUCAAAUAAAAAGUUCUGUUGAAAAUCUGCAGACAUUUCUUCAGUGUUGUCGGAAUAUUAAAGUUCCAACAUUAUCGUAUUUUUCAAUUCCCACUGAAAAUACUGAUCCAUUGGAGAAUGUUUCCGAUCACUGUGUCAAUGUUUCGGUGAAUGAAUUUAAAACUCAGGUGUCCUAUUCUUUGGGGAUGUACUUUUUCCAGUUAGAAGAAUAUUCUGAAGCAUAUGAAAUGUUCAAGAUCACAGAAGAAUCUUUUGUACCACGAGGUUACUACUGCCGAGUGAACGAUGAACAUCUGAGAGGCUAUCUGGUCGCCUGCCGCAAUAUGUUGUCCGUCUCGUUGCCUUCUUCAUACACCCUGUCUCAUUUUGAAAGAGCAGAAGAAUCAAAAACCAAAAACUAUGAGGGUUUAAUUGAUAUUCUCAUGGAGGACAAUAUUAAAAAAGAACUUUCUAAAGAAUACCGUCACCAAUUAUUUGAAGAAAUCAGUCGGAAACCAGUGAGUGAUAUCAGCAUGCUGAGUUUCCAAGUGAAUGCCUGUAACAUCGUGUCAGAGGUCAUGGAUGGAAAGGUGGUGAUAUCAGCAUUUAUGGAUGAGAUGCGAAGUGAAGGACAGAAAGGGGCGGAGUUCCUUCUAUCUGUGUUAUCGCAUGCUAUCAAAGCCUCAAAUGAUACCCAAAGAGAAUACCUGAAAGGGUUUACAGGGUACCUUGCUCAGCUCUUGCCACGAGAAACGAAGUUUGUCGCUCUGCUCACAAAAAGUGAUGUUUAUUCCUACCUGACCGAAAAUGAACGUGUUGAAAUGUUAAACUUUGAAGACAGGGAAGAUGUCUUCUGCGAGGAAAUCUCCUGUGAUUAUGGCACGAUGUCUUACCCAGAUUCUGUGUCUGCGGUCAGUGAAGCGGAACGACAAAUCUUGUAUGAGUGCAAUCCACAGAAGGUCGAAGAUUUGAUCAUUAAGCUGACGCAGAAGUGGGGUCGACAUCCGAACCAAAUAAUGGCCCUCACUGAUUGGCAGGUCCCUAAACCACUGCGCCAAAUGCUGGAGAGUAUGCCAUCUAGUAUGCAGCAAACGUACGCUUAUAUAUUGGUGGGCAAGUCACGCCAUUGCCUAAAGCUGAAGGCCUACAACAUGGCACGGGACCUGUUAACAUCUGCCAUGAUGGCAAUAAAGGACUACAACUUUGCCCUCACCAAGCACCAUCAGUACCAGAUGCUGCUGGUUGACCUGUAUCAGGCCGACAGCAGCGUAUGCAGCAAUGACAAACUGCAUGAAUUGGCCAACAAGGCCAAGUCUUGUUUGAACACUGUCAGAUCUGGACAAGACACCCCUCCGACACCGGAAGUUGUGGAACAAGCUGCUGUGUUCUUGCUGAAUGUCAAAGACUGGGAAUAUCUCAGUAAUAUGGAAGGUUCCAGUAAUGGUUUUAUUGAGGUCAGUCUUCUUUUGGCAAGGGCUUGUAAAGAAAUCAAUGGAACCAAGACUGCUCGUAAACCAGCUCGGGAUUUCUGGGAAGCAGUGGGGAAUAUCUUUUCUGACAAUCUUUCUCAGAAAAGGUCGAUUACAGGUCGUGAAACAAUGAUACAUCGGAACAAUUCUUUGGCAGUGAUGUCAAAAGAAAGUUUCUGUCAGUUUAUCAAGAAAAUCAAGGAACCAACCAUACUUAGUUUCUUAAUUUCUUGUUUGACCAAACUGUACAAUAUUUUGAAGGAUAACAUCAGUAGUGAAAUCUUCAGCAAUUACAUCACCAUUUGGCCAACCAAUAUAAACAAUAGCAGUGCCAUGGAUACAGCUGCCUUAGCCGAAUGCGUGUCCCUUCUGAUGCACCAUGCUUUAUCUCAGGAUCCCUUAAACCCGUCAUGGUUGAGAACAGAAGCAGACAUUCAGUUUGCUCACAAUCAAUAUAGCUGUGCAAUGAAGUAUUACCUGGAAGCUGGUCUUGCGGCAUCUAACUACUUUUCCAUUCCAGUACCUCACCCUAUAUACGAUGAACAGGUCUACAGAAAGAUGAUCAAAUGUUGUUCCUAUCUCCAGUGUCACACACAGGUUGCCAUCCUUUGUCAGUUUCUUGAAAACAUUGACUACACGACGGCGUUCAAAGCCCUUCAAGAGACGACCAUCUAUGAUGCCCAAGACAUCUACUACUACUUCAUCUGGGACCUCAGCAUACUGGAAUUCCUCUCACAUUUACAUGCUAAACGAGGAGAACAGGUUAAGAAACAACAAGUCAUGAAAGCUCUGGGCCAGAUGGAUUUGAAUGUCUGCAACCCUGAAGACAUUCUGCAAGAAGCAACUCAGCAUCGCAAGAACAACUUCCUUCGUUCACUGGCCAAAUUGUACUUAUGAUGACGAUGACGACGACGACGACGAUGAUGAUGAUGAUGGUGAUAUACUUGUAAAAGUAGUCUGAAUGCUAAUGGGUUAAUAAUAAUGAAAGAAUAAUAAUUAAUAAUGAUAAUAAUAGUUGUUUGUUUCAUAAUAAUAACAAAGACACAUGGUCACAUAGUUUUGGUGAGUUGGUGGGUAAGGGAUAUAAUUGCCUAUAUUGGCUGCCCCCAGUGUAAGACUAGUACUGGGUUUAUUGAGCAUCAGCAGGAUUAAAGUAGAAGUCGGCAUGGACAGGAAUAGAACUCAGUAUGUUAAUGGUAGUGACUGAAUACCACUCAUCAUUUUAUUUGGUGCUCUACCGAUUAAGCCAGCAAUAACAUUUAUAAUAUUAAUGUAGAUUCUGAAAUAAUUUUGUUUUUUGUCAAUGGCACAGUUAAAAGAAGAAGAAGAAGAAGAAGGAGGGAGGUGUUGGUGAUUCUCAUCCACUGGCAUGCUGCCACAUCCCUCAUUACUGCAUCACUCCCCCCCCAUCUCAGUUGUGGUGGUCUUUUCUUGCAAGUUACUUGGUGACCUCAGCCAGUGUUACAUAAAAAAGCACGCAGUACUCACUGCGAAGUAGUCAGUGUUGGGAAGGUUACCCAGCCAUACGAAUCAUACCAAAGCAGAUAUUUGGAGCUUGGCGCAGCCCUCUGGCUCGUCAGCUUCCGCUUAAACCAGCCGACCCGUUUCAUCAUGGGAAACAGAUGUUAAACAGGGAUGAUGAUAAGAGACUCUAUGACCGAGAUGGGUGGGAGCCCUUACCCCUAGUUUAGUAUAAUAGGGUGCAGCACGGGUUAGUUAUCCUUAGAUCAGAGAGAUGUGGAUGCAAUACAUCUGACAGUGGAUGCCGCCACUAAAACUAAUCAAGGACCCUGGGGGGUAUUAGGAGUGUUAAACCAGAUAAAGGAUUCAGCAACGCAUCUGAAGACAAUAGCUUUUCUCUCUCUGUCUCUCUGCCUGUCUCUCUCUCUCUCCCUUGUUCUUUCCACCUGCUUGAAUUUUUAAUCCACUUUUGUAAUUUUAUAAUCAUUGUAACAAACAAGUAUCACAAUUCCAUGAUUAUUUCUCAUUAAUCCAUCAACUCAUUAAAGAAUUAUUCACACUAACUCAUUA